UAUUUCUUACGAAGGUAUUGUUUGUCUUUAGUGUUUACCAGAUUCACACAUGUUGUAUUUGUAUAUAAAUGUGUAUUUGGCAAAUACAAAUCUUGAAUCUUUAAAUGAUUAAAUAUACAGCAAAUGUAACUAUAUUGUGACGUAUAGUUUCACUGACGCAAAUUACUUAUACCAUGGUCAUAGUCAGAAAUCGUUUUCUGAGGGGUCCCCCCAAAAUUAUCAGAUGUCCAAUAGGGCAAAAUAUAAAAAAGUGUUUUAAGUUCAGAAACAUAAGAGAGGGGAAAAAGUAGGCUGUCAAGGCCAUUUUAUUCAGUUUAACCAUCGUUUGAUGCGAUUCUUUUCUCUUGAAUACAGAUAAUGCAGAGUCAUUAAUUAAUUAGUCAUGACAAAAUGAUGAGAACGGAUGUAUUUUUCUGCUAUGUUAGAUAUUACAUUACAUUGCUUGUUUAGUACUGUGUCUUUUUGGAUAGUAAGACAUCCACUACGACCGACACAGCAAUAAGCCUGUGUGAAAUGAUAAUACACUAAUACUGUAGCUUUGUAUCUACUGUUGGGUUGGGUUUUUUGUGUCCACUUCAAAAAUUGCUCUUCAGAAAUUUUGUGUUUAUUGUCCCUCCAACUGUUAGAUGAAAUUCACCCUGGUAUAAUAUUUUUGUCAUAUGGCCCACUCCAUUUAAUGGUCAUUUUAAGACCACCUCCAGGUUCAGCAGUCCCUGCCAUAGCUGUUCUUUUAUUGGAUGUUGCUCUUUUAAAUGCCCAGUGGCACUGCUUUCAUCACAGCCUAUUGAUUCAGCUUUUUCGACAUGUGAGAGGAAGAUGUAGGGUGGCAGUGAGACAGAGAGAUAGAGAGGAAGAGGACAGUCUGUUUGCACAGGACAGGGCUGAAGGUGCCGCUCUUUGGAUUCUCAUUCUUUUCUCUCGGCAGGACUAACGGACAGUGUACGGAAGCACGCUGAUCUCCCAGAAUGACGAGUGCUGCACCUGCCCGGAAACCGUAUCGCAAGGCCCCUCCUCAGCACCGCGAGACGCGUCAUACCGUGCCAUCGUUCCGAGAGGAAGUUAGCGAGAGUGUCUUGCCGUCCGCCAGCCCUGAAACAUCAGCCCAGCCUGACCCCUUCCAGGAGUCCUUAUCAGAUGCCGACAGGAUCAAGAUCCUACAGCAGCAAAAUGAAGACUUGCGUCGCCGCCUGUCGCAGACAACUCAUAAGAUGGAGACAAUGGAGACGGAGUUUGAGACCAGUCGACAUUACAUGCAGGCAGAGAUGGGUCGCACCAGAGACGACCUUGAGAAAAUGAGAGACAAGUUCAGAAGACUUCAGAACAGCUACACCGCAUCUCAGAGAGCUAAUCAGGACCUGGAGGAGAAACUUCACGCCCUGCUCCGUAAAGUGGAAAGAGACAAGAAGACUAUGGAUCAGGAGAUAGUGGAGCUCACAAAUAAACUGGUGGAUGCCAAAAACACUAUCGAUAAGCUGGAGGAACUGAACGAACGCUAUCGGCAGGACUGUAAUUUGGCCGUGCAGCUGUUGAAGUGCAACAAGUCACAUUUCAGGAACCACAAGUUUGCUGAUUUGCCUUACGAGCUACAGGACAUGGUGAACAAGCACAUGAAGAGCAGCUUGCCUAACAAGACACAGGGCUCUCAGGGAGCUCAAGCGCAAGACCCUGACACUCUCAGUCUGACUCUUGCAGACGUGGUGCCCACAUCCGUCAUUGCCCGUGUUCUUGAGAAGCCGGAGCCCAUGGUGCUCAACUCGGCGCAGUCUAGCAGCAGUGCCGGUCGACCAGUGGCCGAAGACGUAUUUGUACACGUCGACAUGACGGCACCCCAGGACGACAGCGGAGGGCGUGCGAAUGGGGGGCCUGUUCAUUCUAGACCAAGUUCUGAUCAGCAGCAUAUGAACGGCAUGAGUCGAAGCCAGGGCAGUCUGGAUGGUCCGUCAGGUGAAGAUGGUGCAUCCCCUUCUUUUGAGAAGCUGAAUCCCUACCCAGCUCCUCCACCGCCACACCCGCUUUACCCCGGCCGCAAAGUAAUCGAGUUCUCCUCCGACGAAAAAGUGAAAAUUCCCAAGAACAGCCCGUUGCCCAACUGCACGUAUGCCACACGUCAGGCCAUUUCUCUCAGUCUUGUGCAGAAUGAGGAGGAAGCAUCCGAGCGCCAGCGCACCGUGCCCAAUAGCCCUUCUGUAUCCGAUGGUGGCUGGCGGUCCGGCACGUCCUCAUCGUCUGGUGGAGGGCAUGCAUCUCACCAACGUACACCACCGCACAUGGAUGCCACAGACACUCUGUCCAGUCAUUCCAGCCCCUUUAGCAGUCCUCCUCAACCCCCAAGCGCCUUUGCCAGCUCAGGUAGUUCAGAGGAGGACCUACUGGCCAGUUGGCAGCGCAUGUUCGUUGAAAAAAUGGCUCCAUCCACUGACGGCUCCCUUGUGAACCGUACAUCCUUCAGCAGCGAGACGGUUAAGGAUCUCCAAAGGAGCCGUAAUGGAAAGUCAGGGGUAGGGGUGCACCGAGGUGCUUACUCCGACGGUGAGGAAGGGUCUUCAGCACAGAGCUGGACAGCGAGCCGAGAGUCCAGUUUAGAUACAGACACCAGCAGCCUGGCAGACCUCAGGGCGAAAAAGACGCAGUACGGCGGGGACUUUUGCCGAGAGGAGGGUGAACGUCUACUGAUGGCCCUUGAUCCGCUCGACAACGAUGGUGCUAGCGGUGACACCAUGGUCACCGUCGAGAGCAGUCCGGCUUCUACAAAGCGUCUGGAAUUUGCUGAAGAUGUCGGCUCAGCUGGAAAUUCUGCUGAAGAACGAGAUAUUCUGCCCCAGGACUUCCCUGUCAUUGGGUCAAGGGUCCUAACCGCCCUGGAGGAUUUUGCAGACAAGCCCCCUCGGACUGGCUCAUCGAGACCUCUGAAGAGUCCCAAGAGGAUGGGAGUUCACCACUUGCACCGCAAAGACAGCCUUACCAGAGCUCAAGAGCAUGGAAACCUGCUGGACUGAGACUUUCAGGCUCACUCUUCUCUUGUUCUUUACCUUGAGUGCUCUUCAUCUGGCAAUCACUAGUCCUGGCGGCACACAACAAAAGGAAGGGAUCCAACCAGCGUUGCUGUAGCCAUUCCUGAUCAUGCUGCUGUUGCUGUUGCAUUCUAACUCUGCUGUCCUCUCUCUCUGAUGCGUGGAGCUUUCUAACAGUAUCUCUCAGAAUCCGGGAUGCAUCGAGAGAACACUACUUGAGGGAUCGUUCUAGAAUGUCUUGAGUUAAGGUGACUUUCACCACUGCAAGACUUGUCUCUGCUUGGCGUGACAUAGUUGAGGUCAGCAGGACAUAGCCAUACUACGCCUCUGAGAGUCCUUUAAAGGAGACAAGGACCGAUCCCUGUGGUGUCGCACCGACACGUAACACCUUUAAAUGGAUGUUUUACAGUUACUCUUGCCGGGUGAGAGUUCUCAACCCAGAUGACAUAUAUCCAGUAUCCCAGUCCUUCAUUGCAAAAGAUUAGGAUGACACCAAACGACCACAGCUUUGCAGAUACCGUCAGGUAGUCUGUGGGUUGAAGCGGAGUUUAACUCAUUCUCUUGUCGAUUUUCAGUGCCUAACCCUUGCUCUGACAGAGGGGGCUCUCCAUCACCCUUUAAAAGGACGUCUUGUUCCUUUAGUCUGCUUUCAAUCAGUACGAACUAAGUGGAUUCUUUACCUCUAAUUUUACCUCUCUUCAUCGAUUUGCCACUGUAUUUCAACACACGACCUAAAGACAGCUUUUUUACUUUAGUAAACAAUAUGAAUCACGAAAGGAUUUUGAUUUUACUGUAUCAAUAUAUUGUUUUAAAGAUCGAGUACUUGGAUACACUUACUGAUUUGUAUUCUCAUUUGUUUCAUUUGACUAAUGAUAUUUAAAUUUGAUUUGGAAUAUUUUGUUUUUUUGUGUAUUUAUUUGUCUUGCUGGUUGAGUCUGAACUGUCCCGUUAUUUCACUUAAAGCAGUUAAGCACUUACAUAAGUGUAUUAGAACAGAAUAUUGUCAUGAAAUGGGAAAGUAUACAAACCCUAACGUUAGUAGUGCUUACUUUACUGGAAUGCAUUCAAAUUAAACUCAAUCCGUGCUGUAUUUGGCGAUUUUAAAACAUAUGGCUGGGGUUAAAAAAUAUUUCAGACAAAUUUUGAAUGAGCAGUAUUUAAGAGUAAAAGUACUUUGUUCUGUUGUGUCAUUGGUAUUUCAUGUUGGGGUGUAUUAAUGCGCAUCCCCUCGCUGCUGACGGCACACAUCGCCAUUCAGGGGAAUGUUAAUAUUGAAACAAGCUAUGCAUAUAGUAAUGUUAAAAAAUACUCGAAACAUAGCCAAGCCUUCUGUCUGUUGAUGAAUUUGCUUACAGAUAAAUGAGGAAUGUUGCAUACAGUAAAAAAUAUUAAGCUCAAAAUUAGCAAUUUUGGCCAGAAGCGUUGACACAAACACAUAUAGAUUUUUGUUUGGUUUUUAAACUCUUGAUUUCAUGGAAAGCCAUGGUUUGUUCUUAAUGAAUGUAGUCGAUUUUAUGUAGCAUCCACUUUUAUAGAUUCCUCAUUAUUCUUUUAACUGAUCUGUACGUGCUGUGUGUAUUUCAAGGGGAAUGUGCAUCCCACCAUCUUUUGAUGUGGUUUUUUUUGUGUGUAUUUUUGUGUAGAUUUCUCUUGAUUUGGGGUCAUCAGACAGAAGUUUUCUUUAUUCCAGUCUUAAAUUUCAGUCAUUUCAUUUCAAGCCUGGUUCAAAUAGAAUCUUAACAUUUUAUGACUUAUCAGCUUUUCUGAGUUUCAGACCCAAGCAUCCUUUGUUUUGUUUUGGAUUAUUAUAUAUUUUAGAGAUAAUUAAACUCAAUGCUGCCGUUUUAAGUGCCGCUUGUUUUGUGUUUUUUGGUGUUUUUUACAAUUUUAUUUAUAUUUUCCCAUAAGGACCUUCAUGCAGUAUUACUUUUUUUCCAUCCAGUACACUCCACCUGAGGGUUUCUCCAUAUAUUGUCAGUGAUAUGCAGCAGAGCAUAUACCAAGGUUAGGAUGAUGAUGUUUAUAUAUUAUUCUUAGAUUUUGUUUGUUUUCUUUAUGGACAUAUCGAAAGUAAUGUAUUAUGUUUCAACUGUAUUCCUGGACAUUGAAUUCCUGUUAACCUGUUGUUUAUUCACGGCGUUGCUGGUCUGCCACAAAACUGCUCGGUUUAAUAUUCCUCAGUGGAGGGCAGAAGGGCUCCCAUAUUCACACGUACCAUUUUCUUGUCAUACACUUUGGUGCAUCAGUUUUUUUUUUCACAAUAUAUGAGGGUACCACUAAUAGCCCAUGAUUAAUUGAAGUGUAACUACCCACCCUACUGAAUAAUUCACAUCUGAUCAUGUUCCAAAAUAGCUCUGUGAUGCUUUAAAGAGAUCGAGUACAGCCUGUCAAGGUCUCGCAUGUGGAUGCAUACGGCCUUUAAUAUUUCACGGUCUCAUCCGAUGGUACACAGUUUGUGCAAAUCAAAAAGGGAAAUAAUGGCUGGGAUGUGCCUGUCUCUUAUACACUUAGUGUAUAAAUAGGCUAUUUCUUCUGGUCUCCUGCAACUUUAAUACCAGAUUUAAUUGCUCACAUCAGAGACGUGCACAUCUUUAUUCCAAGGUGACCCUUCAGAUGUUGCAAACGCAGACAUGCAAACUCUUUACUGAAUAAAUUAAAAAGUCAAGGUUGUCCUUCAACUGAACACUAAAUCCUUACUCGCAUGAAGCUGAGGUCUCUGUGAUAGAAAAACACUUUUCUUUUGUGUUAACCUUUGUUUUUAUCAAUAGGGCAGCUUUCAUGUAACCAUCAACAACAUGUCAAAUUGAGUCUUAAAAUAGCUUUUGAUAUUGACCAAUCAUCGGGUGACAUGAAAACAAAACAGAUCUGAUUUACUUUCUCAAUAAAUGUUUCUGGUCUUAUUAUGCGUAAUUCCUUGAGACAGGUUUAGUUUUAAGACAAAAUGGGGUUUUUUUGUACCUUUUCAUUGUGAAUGCCUGUGACAUCAUCCACUUGAGGCUAAUGGAAAAUGUAACAAAUAGUCAAAAAUCCAACAUUUUCUGUCUUUAUUCUGAGUUAAAGUGGUCACUAUUAACAAUCAGAGAAAUUUCCAAUGAAUACAAUUACGUCUUGCGCUACAUUUCAUUUUGAUUUUGCUGUUUGACUGUAUACAUCACAUUAUAAUAUAUUAUAAAGUAAAAAUGCUUUUUUAUGUUAAUAUACAUUCUUGAAUCUGGAGACCACCAUGUGUCCUGUAUUGGUUGCAGAAUUUAUGUUCUGUGUCGAACGUGUUGGUGACAACCACUCUUUCAUGCAUUUCAAAUUUGGAUCAUUUCAUGUUAUAAUUUGUCAACUGAUUUUACUUCACACCCUACAAACAGUCCUCUAGUCUUACAGAUGUCUAACAGCUGCAAUAUGGUGCUUCUCCAUGUCUUAUGUUCCCUGGAUGUUGUCCCAUGCAAACAAUGCCAUCAUGGUUUAUGGGAAUUUCUUUUGAGUUUUAGUUAAAGCUUUUAUGAUUGUGUAGAUGUACCGUACACAUUUGAUUUUCCCCUUAAAAAGGCUUAAAACUAAUCUUAUUUUCUGAAUUUGUAAACUGAUGUAUAUUUUAAAACAAAUAAAGCUAUUUUAAACGUAAUCAGUCUGAACUUUAUA